AUGCAGAAUCCAAUACUAAGAAAAGAGGAGCUCCUUAAGCCGUUGAAGACAUUUGCGGAGCUAGAGCACAUGGCCCAAUUCGGCAGACCUCUUUGGCAUGCAUACGCGGAUGAGGGCCGUGAUAUGAUCAAAUUGGCCAAAUUAAAGCUCAUUGGCGGCCAGCAAGGGGGACAUUACAAUGCAUCCGACCGGGAUCACGUAUUUGCUGCGCUGUCCUUUCGUCUCUCUUUGGAUGUAUGUCGACAGAACCCCUGCACCAUCUCUCUCACAAGGACUGCUGUGAAUUCUUUCAUGAGGGUGGUUAUAUCUAUGGACCACGAGACCGGAGUGAUGGACACAGUGACGCCAUCAGAGCCCGUCUUAGCCAGGGCAGCAACGGAGUAUCUCUGUGACGCUAACUGGUCGCGUAGCAUUCAAACACUCUGUGAGGAGCUUCUUGAGAAAAGAUUAAUAGAAAAGGGGCGCAAAGAAGAACUCUAUGCUCGGUUAAUGUUGAUCCUGGCACACGACUGGGUUCGAUGGGCUCGAAGUAUUCGAUUAAAUCGUGUCCCGAAAUUUGCACCAACCUUUACUGUGUCCGACUUUCUUAUGGCAUUAUAUGCUCGAGAUCAUCACGAUUCAAUUCGAGAGAUACCAGAGCAGAUACAUAAAGCCAGAAUGAACUUCACCCAUUUUGUACUAGCUGAUGAACAGAUUACCGCCGAGAUCAUUCCUGCAUUGUGCCGCGACCUAUUACGCCGAAGUGCUGCGAUGCAGCUAUCUUGGAACCAGGACAUAUACGACCUGCUUAUUCCCGUGUACUAUGGCUCGGAGGAUGAGGAGCUCGACCCAUCGAAUUACGGAGUCAUCUUAGUACAGGUGAAGAAUAAGGAUGCCAGCACACCUCGAGAGAUCUUCCAGGAGGAUUUUAAGAAUAUCAGCCCGGAGACGUCGAAUCUCGGCAAAUCGAAGGCGAUCAGCUCUGAGCGCAAGCCAACGAAAUUUAUCUUUCAUCAGAUGACGAACCCGAUCCUGUUCCUCCUCUUCGAUCUAGGAGUGGUUAGAAGCAACCGGACUUACGCUCCACUUGUUCAAGUGAUGCACAGCGAAAGUGGACUGCGACCUGAUUUAUGGGCAAUCCAUUCGCGAGGACACGAUUACACCGUCUUUGGCUGCUUACAGCACAUGAAUGCUAUAGAUUCGAGCGAGCGGUUCUUUGCCUCAAUAAAAAUGGGCGAAACUCUGGCUGACCGACUCUCUCUGAGAAAUAAAUUAUUCCAUAUGAAAGAUUUGAGCAAGAAGGAGGAGCGAGUCCGGGAUGGAGAAGAGGCAGCAAGCAAUACCCAAUCGAAGAGAAAGGAAGUGGAAAUUCCCCAGGAUACCCAGGAUAAUCGGUUCCCUAAAAGACCUCGCGAGUUUUUGUAA